AUGUACCGCAUGAUUGCUACGGGAACCCUGAACCAAGAGAAGCAUUGGAAAAGGCUUGAUGAAGCUGCAGCACUUAUAAAUGAAGCAGCAGGCGAGGAGGAGCUGGAUCCCACAGUUUUACCUUAUGAGCUUGAAGAAAUUGUUGGGAACAUCAAAAUGGAAGGAGACAAGCUAUCAGACAACAUGAAAAGGCAAAACAUCAAUUUGUGGAUUGCAGCUAUGGGAACAGGAAUUGAACCCACACUUUAA